UUUCCAAAACAUUGAUCCCCCUUUUGCCUCUUCAUUCCCCCCUCUCCACUCCACCUUCUUUGUCCUAUAAUUCCCAGAUUCUUUCUCAUCCUCCCAAGUUGUUUCUAUAUGUACGCAAAUGUUGAUGAAAGAGAACAAAUGGGUAACAGCAUUUACCAUUGCUGAGUUAAUCCCAGGCUCAAAAUCAUGAAAGGCUCAGUGGGUUUAUCUCGGCCAUGCCUGAGUCUCAAAUUGGUCUCUGACAAAGUUGGGAGCUUACUGUGCUGCCAUAGUUCACCAAACAAGUACAGCAGAUUAGAUUCUAAGCUCGAAACGAAAGUGCUGGAGGUUAAGAGAAACGCACCCGCAACUCUCAGUAUCAGGUCAAUCAAUGCUCUAAUCUUAAAAUUUCCUCACUUCAGAGAGGGGUUGAAGGAGAUUAGAAGCGUGUUCGAGCAGUAUGAUGAAGACUCGAAUGGAGCUAUUGACCGGGAGGAACUGAAGAAAUGUUUGCAGAAGCUGCAGUUUCAUGUUGGAGAAGAGGAAAUCGAUGAACUUUUUCGCUCUUGUGAUGUGGAUGAUAACAAAAAGAUUCAAUUCAACGAGUUCAUAGUUCUUCUAUGUCUGAUUUAUCUUCUAAUGGAUGCGCCUUCCUCUGAUUCUACAUCAAAGAUUGGGUCUCCAGUCGUCGAGUCCACCUUCAACACAAUAGUCGAAGCAUUCUUGUUUCUCGACAAAAAUGGCGAUGGAAAGCUGCACAAGAAGGAUGUGGUGAAGGCCUUCAACGACGCUUUCCCUUUGGAGAAAUCGCCGUCUCAUGUUACCAGGACACGAUUUAAAGAAAUGGACUGGGACAGGAGUGGCAAAAUCAGCUUCAGAAAAUUCCUGUUCGCGUUUCUUGAUUGGGUUGGCAUUGAUGGUGAUGACGACGAGGACCAUAUGGCAGAAACCUAGAUCGAAUGGUUGAAGGCAAAAAGGCGUCUCAACACGGGGAGACUUACCAGGUCCAGACAUAGUAAGGAUUGAUAGACUGAGAGCUCAGAACAGAUAAGUAUAUGGUUGUGGCAAUGUUACUUUGAUAUAUCUCAACUUCUCAGUUAAUUGAAUUCAUUUUAUAUC